AUGGUGGUGGUGAUGAUAGUUGAUGACAAUAGCAAUAAUAGUGGUGACGAUGAUGGAAACGGUGAUGAUGUUGAUGAUGAUGAUGAUGAUGAUGAUGAUGAUGAUAGCCCCUGGAUGAUGACAGCGAUAAUCAUCAUCUGUGCGGGGCCGAAUAAGAUGUGGUUUUCAUUGGAUUAA